GGUGGUUCCUUGCCUUGGUUGAUUGCUGUGAGUCUAUAUAGGAGGAGAGACGCUCUAGCAGGCUCAGACUCUGGUGCCCGCUUGCCACACGCUCCCAAUAGGACUACCUGUUUUUUUUCCGUGUCUUUUCCUGAGAGGAUUUACUCUGGUCUGACAGCAUGUCGGAGGGCAGGAAGAGAGAGAGGAAAGGGAGAAGGAAGGGAGGUAGAAAAGGACAAAAGGAGAAAGAUGAUCCCACUAAAGCUGCUGCUCCAAAGUUGAGACCGAUCAGGAAUCCAAUAAUAGUGGGCGAGGGAAACAAGCUCACAGUAAAGUGUGAGGCCACGGGGAACCCUGCCCCCACCUAUAAAUGGUUCAAAGAUGGCACAGAGCUGAAGAAAAGCAAAGAGAUCAAAAUUAAGAGAACUGCGAAAAACUCCAGAGUCCAGAUCAGCAGAGCAAAACUGGAGGAUUCUGGGAAUUACACAUGUGUGGUGGAGAACGCGCUGGGAAAAGACAACUCCACUGGCACUGUUAACGUCCAAAGCAUAACCACAACGCCAUCUCCAGGCUCAGGCCACGCCAGAAGAUGCAACGACACAGAGAAGACCUACUGUGUGAAUGGCGGCGACUGUUACUUCAUAAAUGGUAUAAAUCAGCUCUCCUGCAAGUGUCCAAAUGACUUUACUGGUGAUCGCUGUCAAACCUACGUUAUGGCCAGUUUCUACCAGCAUCUUGGGAUUGAAUUUAUGGAGGCAGAGGAGCUCUACCAGAAAAGAGUCCUGACAAUCACGGGUAUUUGUGUGGCUCUGUUGGUGGUGGGCAUCGUGUGUGUGGUUGCCUACUGCAAAACCAAGAAACAAAGAAAGAAGAUGCACAAUCAUCUGCGACAAAACAUGUGUCCAGAACACCCCAAUCGGAACCUUGCUAACGGACCCAAUCACCCAGGACCAGGCCCAGAAGAAAUCCCCAUGGUAGAUUACAUAUCAAAGAAUGUCCCUGCAACGGAGCGAGUCAUACGGCCUGGAACAGAGGGCUCUUUUCCUGGCAGCCAUGCCUCUUCCAGAUCUCACAACUCUUCCACACGAGCCCAUUCAUCAACUCACAGACAUGAGGAACGGACAUGGAGCCUGGAACAUUCUGACAGUAUCCUCUCUGACUCGCCGGGAAUGAUGUCAUCAUCUGUGGGGACCAGUAAGUGCAGCAGUCCUGCGUGCAUGGAGGCACGGGCCAGACGUGCUGCACACUGUGGUUUCUCUGACCCCCACCGGCCGGGCCUACAGUAUGGCGACUCUUUUGACUCACUGGGAGACUCUCCACACAGUGACAGAUAUGUGUCAGCCCUGACGACACCAGCCCGCCUCUCGCCAGUGGAUUUCCAUUACUCACUGCCCCCGCAGGUGCCUACCUUCCAGAUCACCUCCCCCAAUGCCAGCCAUGCCAUGUCUCUCCCUCCCGCUGUCCACAACCCUUACCCUCUGGAGGAUGACCAGCCUCUGCUGCGCCGCUACCAGGUGCCCCUACAUGAUGCCCAGUGCCAGGAGCCCUAUCGGCAGCAGCGCCGUACCUAUCUGAAUGACAGCAGGGGCAGCCUGCCCUCCAGCCCCUACCGGCUGGCUGAGGAUGAGGACUAUGAGACUACGCAGGAGUAUCUCUCCUCUCGGGAGCAACCAAAGAGAAGUGGGUCCAGCGGAUCUGGGAGCCGGCGCUGGCGGAGAUCCAGACUGAACGGCCAUGUGGCCCCACGUGGAUACGAGGCAUCUCGGGACUAUGGCUCUCGAAGCUGCCUAACAGAUAGUGAGUCAGAGGAGGAGGGUGAGAGCACGCCCUUCCUCAGUAUUCAGAACAUGAAUGCCGAGCCCUCCACUAUCUACAGGCCAGUGGACAGUCGGACUUCUCACUCAUCGGGGCGGCACAGUGGGCAUGGGAACAUGCAUACAAGACUUACACACUCACGCUCCAAACUGGACAAUACACCCCAUUAAAGAGAGAAAAUGAACCAACAAAAAUCAAUAUGCUAUAGACCUGCAUCUAUAAGAAAUAUUUUUAUUUAUAUAACUUACAGAUAUUCUAAACAAAUGAAAUAUUUAUUUUCAUUUUAGCAAAAGUUGUCUACUAGUUAACAGCAAAGACUUUUUAUAGGGAAAACUCUAUUUAUAUGUACAUUUUGAUUUACAGCAUAAAAAGAUGUGCCAGUUUUUUCACAACGUAAAAAAUAGAGUAAUAUUGUGGUGCCUUUUGCUGUAUGCCGAUGCCAGAGGGCCAGUGGAGGUUUUUGUAGCCUUUCUUAUAUGGACGCCUCAUUUUUUAUACACAUUUAUGUUUUUGUUUCUUGCUCUUGUUUUCCUGAUUUUCUUCCUUUCCAAAUUGAGUUGUUUUAGGAAUCUAGCCCCACUGGAACAUUACCCCUUCCAUAUCACGCAAUAUAAACCACUUCAACAUAAAGUGUAUGUUUACAUUAAUAUGAUUCACCUGUAGGGUUUAUGAUUUGGGAUCUAUCUAAUAGAACGCCUGAUAAAUGCAAUGCAGAUCCUCUUUGCCCUCUGAUUAAUGUCUACAGAGAGAGAGACUCUGUGUGUGUGUGUGUGUGUGUGUGUGUGUGUGUGUGCGUGCGUGCGUGUGUGUGCAUGUGUGUGUGCCUGCGUGAGUGUGUGCGUGUGGUUGUGUGUGCGUAUGCAUGGACGUUUGCUUGCAUGUAUUUGUGAUUAUUAGAAGAAUUUCAUUGUUUGUUGUGGUAACAUCAGAUGUGUGGGUCUACUGGGCACACAGUGUCAGUAGAGCCAGCAGAAGAGAGUCCCAGAGCAGUGCUUUACCAGAACAGCGACACCGCCCCACCACCACCUCCUGACACACACACACAGACACGCACACACACAUACACACACACACCCCACCCACACCCCAGUGUAGGCAGACAGGUUGAGCUGCUGUAGGGUUGUAUGUUAUACAGGUCAUUGCUUGAUGUGUUUACAGCUACCCUGCCCCUCCCCAACCUGCCCCAGUCAAAUCCCUUGUUUCUCAGCAGAUUUUUUUUUCUCAUGCUGUCAUUCUUAUGAGGCCAACAAGCAGCGAGUCACUUGGCAUGGGGCUACCCCCGCCAUCAGUGGUAGCGGCUUGCAUCAAAGAGACAAAACAAAACCAUUGCAUCUUCCUCAUUCAGCUCCACCCCUGAUUCCAUGCCUCAUCAUCCUUGUGUGUCCAUUGUGUUCUUGUGGCCACAGUUAAGAGCACACAGUGGUCUCAGGAUUUCCAUGCCCCCCACCCCCCACCCCCUCACCUUAUAACCCGUUCCCCCUCUUCCUCAAUUUAAGGUCUACCUAAGACUACGGUUCUCAGAUGUUGAGGGCCUAGAUGUAAACAUCCAGUCUACCAGUUCCCUGAACAUCCCCCAUACAGAGAGAAGGAAAGCAAAGUGGAAGCAGCUCAGAGGAGAAGAGUCCAGAUCAUACUAGACAAUAUAAAAGAAAUAGCUGUGAAACUUUGGAGGAUCAUACAAUGCAAAAAUAUGCAAACUUUCUAUUUUGCUGUUUGAUUAUAUCAUUUUCUAAGAGGUGACUGUAGUGUGUUGUGUGUGAAAAAACUAUGUGAUGCCUAUAGUGUAGAAGAUGAAAUAACAUGAUAUAAAUGCAUAUUUACAUUAUUUUUUAAAGCCGUUAUGCAGCCAUCGCUCCAGUCGUCAGCCUUCCUUGUUCAUACUCACAUCUAUUGAAUGACUGUGUCCAUGAAUUGUUUUAUCACUUGGUUCAGACCGCUCCACUUGACAUGCACACUUCCAAUAAUGUUGAAUAACAUCCAAAUGUAGUGUCUCCUCCAAUAGUACUGUGCACUGCUUUGUCUUGUUGACAAAUCUAGUUAUUUCAAAUUUAGUCCGUUACUGAUAAUAAUUUUGAAAAGUAAGGAAAAUCACUUAGACCCUCUGUCCUCCACUGAAGGAAAAGUACAUAUUUAAAAGAUGAUUCUAGAAAUGCCAAAUCCAUUAAAGUGAUUCAGUGAGGGAGGACAGCUGAUGAUAUUUCAUCACCGAUGGUAUGCCUCUGCUCUUCAUGAAAAAGACAGAAUGCUGAAUUAUAGGAUGCUCAUUGGUAAAAAAAAAAAAAAAAAAAAAAAAAAAAAAUCAUCUUAACAAGAUUGAUCUGCAAUUCUAAUUGCUAUAUGGAAAAUGCACAGUGGCACUGUUACACAGAAUGGUCUUUGGUCACACCUCACAGAUAUUUCAUCGAGUUUGUCACCUCUGGGCCUAAUUUUGUAUGUCGAAAAAAUGCAAAAGAAGACAGUACUCCUCUAGUUUAAAUGUGAUACUCCCUUCACUUUGCCACUCCUCUCACCCAAUUGAGAUGCUACCAGGUAUGUCCUGCCAGUCUCUUCUGUUUUAUUUUAUAACCCCCACCUGACCCCACCCUCGCUUGAAAUGUUUGAACACCUCUCCUCUGCAUGUCCUUGUGGUCAAGGUUAGAUGGGUGCAUGGUAAAAAAAAAAAAAAAGCAGCAGACAAUUAUUUUCCAGUCAGUGAAAGUGUAUUUCAUUUAACAUUCAGCAAUAAAAAAAGAACCUUCCCCCAUGUCAUUCCUGAAAUAUGCUAGAAAAAAAAAAAGAAAAAAAUGCGAGA